UGCCCUAUCGUUGGUGUCAGUGGGGGGAGGAAUAGUGCCCCAUCGUUGGUGUCAGUGGGGGGAGGAAUAGUGCCCCAUCGUUGGUGUCAGUUGGGGGGAGGAAUAGUGCCCCAUCGUUGGUGUCAGUGGGGGGAGGAAUAGUGCCCCAUCGU